AUGGAUAUUAACAAUGAUCUGGCCAAGUUGGCGACAACUGCUUCGGUCUUGGUGAAUUCUGCUACAGCAAAUGCGAACAUUAAUGAUAUGUUACAACGGAAUCGCACAUAUGCUUCAACAUUUGAUGCUAGAAAAACAGAAGCAGGCAAUCAACCAGGCCUCAUUAACUUGCUGGCAAUACACGGUGAUAAUAUACGUGUGGCAAAAUCAUUAAAAAGGUCGAAUUUCACAGGUGAUGGUUCUAAAAAGAAAGACUUUACUGUGCUUACCAACGAUAUGCUGAAAGAUAUCCCCGACUCAGAACUUGAAAAUGAUAGUCAGCGCAGUGACAAUACAGAUGAAACUCCUUUUUCCUUAUUCCAAGGAUUCAGUGCUGUUUUGCCAGAAGUUGAUGAAACGAUCAAAAUUAUAAAGGAAAAUUCAGGGAAAAUGAUCGAAGGUUCAAAAGGAAAUAAAAGAAACGGGAAAGCAACGACUCUAGCAUCGUCGAAAAGACACAUGAUUGAGAAUAUAACAAUAGAUAAGAUCAAAAUGUGCCAAAAUCAAAGAGUCUUAUUAGGAUAUAAAUCGGACAUCAAUUAUUAUUUGGAUUUACUCGAAAUUCGAAAAGGGUUGGGGAAAUCAGAAAUAUCAGAAAUAGACGCUAAAAUUGACAGGCUAUAUAUGAGAAGAAAAGAACUGUCAGAGAACAUUGGUCUCUAUGAAAAACAAGAAAUGGAGCUGGAAAAUCAUUUAUUGGAAAUAAAAGAUAGAUUAGAUUUUAUUAAGGACAUAGAAAUAUCUGAAGAGCCUGUAAGAAUAACUAGAAAUGAUUUGAACGAAGAUGAUGAAUUUGCUAUGAAUAGUGAUAAAAACAAAACUAACGCUAAUAAAGAUAAAAUUAAAACUAAAACUAAAAACAAAAACAAAAACAACUCAAAAAUCGAAGAAGAAGAAUUUGUGUUACUAGAUGAAAAAGAAACUUAUUCAAGAAAGACAUCAACCACCAGAAGUUUUAAGUCUGGAGAUUUGAUCCACAAGUUUGAAGCUCACCAUGAUCCUAUAAAUUGUAUUGCUUUUGACGAGCCAUAUGGAAGGUUGAUUACAUGCUCGAUGGAUAAUACAGUAAGAUUAUGGGACAUGGGUAGAUACAAAUGCAUUGGGCUACUUGAAGGUCAUUUUGCGUCAGUUGAUUGCGUUUCUAUUCAAGACGACCUUGCAUUCACUGGUAGUAGAGAUGCUACUUUAAAAAUGUGGAAUUUGAAUUAUUUCAACAGCAAAAACACAGAAGAAGAGACUCCUCUGAUUCACAGUUUUGAAGGCCACGUUGAUACCGUUACCGCUGUAAGCUACAAUAAUGGUGAACUAGUUUCUGGUUCUGAUGAUAAGACAAUUAGGCAGUGGGAUCUAUCGACUGGCCACUUAUUGCAAACCAUUGAUAUAAUGUGGGCCUCGUCAAUGGCUAACUCUACUAUUAGUUUUGGUAAGCCAAGUGCUCAAAACAGCUCAGGCGGUAAUAUAAUUAGCAACCAAUCUGCAUAUCCAUAUAUAUCAAGUCUGCAAGUAUUUGAUGCUGCAUUGGCAAGUGGUGGCAAUGAUGGUGUCGUUAGAUUAUGGGAUUUACGAAGCGGUGAAGUGAUCAGACAAUUGAUUGGGCAUACCGGUGCUAUUACCACUUUACAGUUUGAUAAACAUUUUAAUUUGGUUACUGGUUCUGCCGAUCGUAGUGUAAGAGUUUGGGAUUUACGUACGGGAGGAUUACUAGAUUCUUUCAGUUACGAAAGCCCAAUAAAAAAGAUUGUGUUUGAUGAUUUCAAGAUUGCCAGUGUGGUUGAGAAUCAGCAUGGAAUUCACAUUUACGAUAGAAGCGAACAAAGACACUGGAAAGUGGGAGCUGAAGACAGUAGUUUACCUGUUGGCGUAAGUGAUACCAACGAUAUUGCUUGCCAGGGUAACUACCUUGUUGAAGGUUCUUCUGAUGGUGUUGUAAGAGUGUGGAAUGUCUGA